UCCUCGCUCGCUGUCACGGGAGCUGGAGGGAGACUUUUCUGCUGCUUCGCUUCCUCGCUCGGUCGUCCUGCUCCUACUGGUUGCUUGCUUGCUUUGGGAUCCGCGUUGCAGAAAAGAAAAUACGCAGAGCUAUUUUAUCUUCUUUGGUCUGCCCGUGGGAGAUCGGGCUGCGAAUGAUCAGCGAGCAGUGGACGAAGAGACGAGGAAUCUGAGUCUGAGAAUUUGACCGGCGUCGAUCGAGCUCGUGUCGUGAGAAGAGGCCGGAGACGACGGGGGCCAUGGAGAGCGAGCAGGUGAAGCGGCGGUUCGGGCGGUGCCCCUACUGCCGCGCCAUGAUCUACCAGGACCCGCAGGCCGUCAUCUACUACUGCAGCAAGUGCCGCACGCCCAUCCGAGGCAAGAACCCGGAGCCCACGGACGACACCGAGUACUCGCUCGCGCAGCUCGAGAUCCUCUCCUUCGACACCAUGUCCACCUACUCCGACGAGACGGAGCCGUCCAAUGGCGGGGACCUCGAGCCGACCAGCCGGGACAACGGGGUCGCGUCCUCCUCGUCCGCGUACAGGCCCUACAGCGCGAUCAGGACCGGUCCAAGGAGCGGCGAUCUGGGCCGGUACGACGAGGCGGAGGUUCGAGGAAGCGGGUCGCCGCUCCACAGCCGCGUGAGCGAGCUCCGACCGGCGUCGCGGAGGACCAGGCGGCCGGCGAGCGCUGACCUCGACCCGCCCAAGGACGCGGGCGGAGAGUUCGACGUGCCGCGGACGAGGUCGGCCUCGUCCUACGGCCGCCGGGCGUCGCCGCUGAACUCGCAGGAACUCGAGGCGGCGAUGGGCAUGUCGGGGGAUGGACCGGCCGCUGGUGCGGCCUCGAGAUCGCCGCUGGCUGACCCGGGGUUCCAGCAGAACCUCCUGCACGCUCUCGAGAACCUCCGGAAGCUCAUCGUCGCCGUCGAGGAGCCACUCAGAGUCGACGCGCCCCGGCUCGCUCCCGGCCUGCCUCCCAAGAGCGCGUCUGGCAGCAACAGCGCCCCUCAGAAAGUGACACGCCGCGAUUCCCGCAUCCUGCGCCGCCUCGAGUCGCAGCUUGCACAGGCAUUGCCGGCCACCGGCAGCGGCCGGCGCCCUGGCACGGCCACCACCUCAUCAUCAUUGUCUUCGUGGAUGUCGGCGUCGGCGUCGGCAUUGGCACCGGCAUCGGCACCGGCAUCGGCAUCGAGCAGCCGGCGCGGUGCGUCGGCGAGGCACCUAAUCUGCCGCCCGGUGAUGGGCGGCACGCCGUUCGUCCUCUGCGACAAGUGCGAGGAGAUACUGCUGCUACCGGCCGGCCUAUCUGUAGACAAAAUCGCCAGGCUGCAAUGCGGCGGCUGCGAGGAAAUGCUCGAGGUGACGCUGCCGGCGAGGGGCGCCGGCUCGACGACGAACCGGCCGAGGAAGAUAUUCUCCGCGCCGCAGCCAGCUGGUUUUGGCGCCGACGACGCGGAGGAGCAGAACACGCGUGCAACUGCGAGGAGCCGUUUGAGCGGCGAGCAGCUACGGCAGGGCCCCGACCAUGGGCUACUCCACCACGUGCUCGGCUACAGCUCGGUGAGCUCGGUUCUCCGGAGCCGUCGGUACGACGACGAGGACAGCUGAGCAAACAUUUGCCUUCCGCUUCUCCUGGCGCGUAAAGAUGCAAUUGAAUUGUGGAUAUUUACAACCAUUUUCAUUUUUUUAUUCUGUACGGGAUCUGAUUUUUUGGUGGGCGAUGUGGAGGAUGAAUAGUUUUUCUCUUUUCUUUUUUGGAAGCUAGGAUGAAUAGUUAUUUGAUUCAUGAAAAACUGCUAUUUUAGUGUGCAUGCUACUAAAUCAAAAUUGAAAAGUUAUAGUAUGAGAAUUGUUUCUA